AUGGCUUAUCCACUCUCCACAAGCUCCCGUUGGAUCGUCGACGAGAACGGUCAACGAGUGAAGCUAGCGUGUGUGAACUGGCCAUCGCACCUCCAGCCCGUGGUAGCUGAAGGGCUGAGCAAACAGCCGGUGGACGCUGUGGCCAAGAAGAUAGUUGAAAUGGGUUUCAACUGUGUUAGGUUAACGUGGGCGUUGGACUUGAUGACUAAUGAGACAUUGGCUAAUAAUGUCACAGUGAGACAAUCUUUUCAAAGCUUUGGUCUUAAAGAUGACAUUGUUGGCUUCCAAACUAACAACCCCUCCAUUAUUGAUAUCUCCCUCAUUGAAGCUUUCAAGAUGGUGGUUACUACAUUAGGAAACAAUGAUGUGAUGGUUAUAUUAGACAACCACCUAACCAAACCAGGGUGGUGCUGCGCCAACAACGACGGUAAUGGUUUCUUCGGUGACAAGUUCUUUGAUCCCACCGAAUGGGCCGCCGCAUUGAGCAAAAUGGCGGCGACGUUCGACGGCGUCUCUAAUGUCGUUGGCAUGAGUCUAAGGAACGAACUUAGAGGGCCUAGACAAAACGCUAACGAUUGGUUCAAGUAUAUGCAACAAGGAGCGGAAGCAGUUCAUGCAGCGAACAAGAACGUACUUGUAAUCCUGUCCGGUCUCAGUUUCGACGCCGAUCUCUCAUUCGUCAGGUCACGACCAGUAAAACUAUCAUUCACCAAAAAACUCGUGUUCGAACUCCAUUGGUAUUCGUUCAGUGACGGAAACUGGGCGACCAAUAACCUUAACGAUAUCUGCGGUCGAGUUCUAAACCGGGUAAGAAACGGUGGCGAGUUUCUCCUUAGCCAAGGCUUUCCCUUGUUCCUCAGCGAGUUUGGUAUAGACGAAAGAGGUGGAAACGCAGAUGAUAACCGCUACUUAGGAUGUGUAAGCGCUUGGGCGGCUAGUAAUGAUGUUGAUUGGUCGCUUUGGGCCCUAACCGGAAGUUAUUACUUAAGAGAAGGCAAAGUCGGUUUGAUUGAGUAUUAUGGUGUGUUGGAUUCGGAUUGGCUUAGCGUUCGAAAUGCAAGUUUCUUGCAAAAGAUUACUCUUCUUCAAUCUCAGCUUCAAGGACCGGGCCCUUCAAUUGAUGCUUAUAAUCUGGUUUUCCAUCCAUAUACCGGACUCUGCCUAGUACAAUCUCUCGAUGACACGACAAUGCUUACGCUUGGUCCAUGCAACAGUUCCGAACCAUGGAGCUACACUAAUAAAACCCUACGAAGCAAAGACCAGGCUUCGUGUUUACAGAGCAACGGACCAGGAGACAGAGUUAUGAUGAGUAAGACGAGUUGUUCGAGUCCAGGUUCGAUAUGGCAGACUAUUUCAGCAUCUAGGAUGCACUUAGCUUCGACAACAAGUAACAACACCUCUGUUUGCCUUGACGUGGACGCAAACAACAAUGUGGUGGCUAAUGAUUGCAAGUGUCUGAGCAAGGACAGUUCUUGUGACCCGAUGAGCCAAUGGUUCAAGAUCAUUAAAGCUACAAUGCCAUUGAAAGGCUCAAGACUGUACAAACAGUUGGAGGAUCUGUCUCCCAAAUCGGAUUUGCUGUAAAGCUCUUACCUAUUAGAA